CAAUUAAGAACACCUAUAUAUGUAUAAUAAACGAUCUUUCUGACAUAACAAAUCUCUGUUACAUAACACACAUUAUAUGCGUGGAACUAGUUUUUACAUUGAAUAGCUAAUUAAUCGUAAAUGCCAUUCAAUAUUUAAAUGAUAUGUAAACCGUUCGGAAAAUUCAUGCAAUUAUCGGGCAAUUUCUUUUGUGCUUCGCAGGUAAAACGACGUCUUGCAGCUAAGCAAUGAUCUUCUUGCGGACGUGAUCGGAUGGGACAACGUGGGGAAAUUAAGAGGGAGAACUUGAGACCGCGGAAGGCUUAUUCCUUUGGUCUUCAUCUAGGCACGUUCCUAAAUCACGUUCAUCGACCGCAGGGUAGUUUGACCUGGUUGUGGCCGGAGUUGUUAGCGGCGCCAAGUAUGGCGAGGAGCAACAAUAAUGGUUGCGGACGCAGUUCCAAGCACACCGUCCGUCGCUGCGAUGUCGCCGUCGUAUCACGUGGUAAGGCAACGUCCCAGCAAUGCGAAUCGAUUGGCGUCGUUAACGGAGGCAGCAUCCAGCAACGUAACAGCGAUGACAGCGCCGGGACCAGCAACGGCACCACCACCGGCAUCACCGCCAGCAGCAACGCCAGCAGCAAUCACAGUCAAGUAGAGGAGGACGCGAGGGUGAGCGCAUCACGCAGGAUGAAUUCGUGCGCGCUCUACUUUUCCCAACUGCGGGCGAUGCUCGUGAGGAAUCUCCUGCUGAAGAAACGUGACACGCGGAAGACGUUUAUGGAGGUCGUUCUACCCCUCUAUAUCCUCGGGGCCUUGAUCGUGAUAAAGGUCAUGAUACCCAAUCCAAACUUUCCCGCGAUGACGACGCAGAGGCAUGAAGGAGAUAUAUUUGAAUUAUUCAAUGGCUACAAAAACAAUACGAUCGCCGUGGUACCCAAUUCUACGGAAACCCUCAGCUUCUUAAACUCCAUGAAUAGCCUCUGGCGCUCUAUGUGGGAUUAUCCCGAUAAGCUUCCUUUAAACUUCAUGGUGUUCGACACGAAAGAUGAUCUACAAGCAGCGUACUGGAGAGACCCUUACAGUGUACCCCUAGCAGUUAUCUUCGAGGACCCCCAGCCAAUAUCACAACGUCUCAAAUAUGAAAUUAGGACGAAUCCUUCGUAUACCUCGCCGCCGUCGCCAACCGAAUUGUAUUCUGCUCCGAUCAGUUGUCGAAAGAAUAAAACCGGUCACUGGAUGGGUGAUAUUUUUUCGAUAAAGACCGGGGAAUCCUGUCCCGUUAACAAUUACUUGCAUUCCGGCUUUUUGGCCUUGCAGAUGAUAAUGGAUAUCACAAAGAUAAGAUUGGACGUGGGAAAUUUCGACGUGACAGUACCAGAUAUUAAACUCAUAAUGUUUCCCAAGGAAGCGUAUACUGCUGACUGGAUGUUGGCCUUCAGAGUUGUUAUUCCGCUUUACAUGGUCUUGGCGCUUUCGCAAUUCGUCACCUAUCUUUUGAUCCUAAUAGUCGGCGAGAAGGAAAAUAAGAUUAAAGAGGGAAUGAAAAUGAUGGGCUUAAACGAUUCAGUGUUUUGGUUGUCUUGGUUCAUCAUCUACAGCAUUUUCGUCUUUUUGCUCUCUGCUGUUGGAGUGGUGUUGCUCUUCACGCUGCAAAUGUUUCAACACACGCAUUUCCUACCCAUAUUCCUUUUGGUUGUUCUAUAUAGUUUCUCCGUAAUUAUGUUCGCCUUUAUGAUCACACCAUUCUUCGACAAAUCGCGCACGGCUGGUGUCUUAGGAAACUUUGCUGUCACAAUAUUGAGCUUGAUGUACUUCAUCCAAGUAUUUGUAAGUGAUUCCAGCUCAGUCACGUACUGGUUGGUUUCUUUAAUCAGCCCAACCGCCGUCGCCUUGGCAAUGGAUAAAGCUCUAGUACUGGAUCUGCAAGGUGAGGGAGUGAAUUUCGAUAAUCUCUGGUCCGGCCCAGGGAUACCUUUCGGCGGCAGUCUCAUCAUGAUGAGUCUGGAUAUCAUUCUGUACGGCUAUCUGGCCUAUUAUCUCGACUCUGUGAUACCAAGUGAGUAUGGAACUAAGAGGCCACCUUGGUUUUGCUUUUUACCUGGAUAUUGGUGUCCAAAAAAGGUUCAAAGGGUGCCGUCGUCGAACGGCGAGUCAAACUCGUUCAUUCCGGGCGAGGAGACACAUCGCGACGUGGAACCGGUGGUGCGCGAGAUGAAGGGCCGCGAAGCGAUCAGGAUAGCCGACCUCUACAAGUCGUUCCACAAGUGCAGGCAUCCGGAGAUCAAGGCGGUGAACGGCAUCAAUCUGACUAUCUACGAGGGCCAGAUCACCGCCAUCCUCGGUCACAAUGGCGCUGGCAAGACCACCCUCUUUAACAUCCUUACGGGUCUGACCUCACCUACAUCCGGCACCGCCCUUAUAUUCGGUUACGAUGUGCGCGAUUCCAACGACAUGCGGGCGAUACGCAGCAUGACCGGGGUUUGCCCGCAACACGAUAUCCUUUUUGAUCUGCUGACGCCGCGCGAGCACCUCGAGUUCUUUGCCGCAGUGCGUGGCAUUCCACGCUCGAUGAUACAGCACGAGGUGAAGAAAACUCUGAAAGACAUCGAUCUGGUUGAGAAGGCGGACACCUUCGCGCGAUACCUAAGUGGUGGGCAGAAGAGAAAGCUGUCUGUGGGAGUCGCUAUCAUCGGUGAUCCUAAAAUUAUUAUUCUCGACGAGCCUACCGCCGGGGUGGAUCCUUACUCGAGGAGACAGAUGUGGUCCCUUCUGCAGUCGCGGCGACAUGGAAAAGUGAUUUUACUUACAACUCAUUUCAUGGACGAGGCCGACAUACUCGCCGACAGGAAAGCAGUAAUCAGCAAGGGAAAGCUCAGAUGUUGCGGCAGCUCCCUGUUUUUAAAGAACAAAUUCGGCAUUGGAUAUCAUUUAACAUUAGUUUUAGAGGGUAAUGCCAGGGAACAUGCUAUCGGCCGAUUAGUAAUGUCACACGUGAAUAAAGCGGAAAAGGCGAGACGUCACGGUCGGGAACUGAGCUUCAUUCUACCUCACAAUUCCGUGGAAAACUUUGCACCCCUUUUCUCCGCUAUUGAGCACGAAAUUAAGACUCGUUCGAGUAGACUUGGCAUCAGCAGCUAUGGUGUGUCGAUGACCACCCUGGAAGAGGUAUUUUUGCACCUGGAGAAAGACGAGGAGACCGAAUGUACAAUGGACAACCUGUCGAAGAAGAUGGUGCGUAAUCGCGCGCUCAGCCGAUCACUUUCGUUGCAAUCCAAGAGCACGUCGUAUCAGAGUUUGCAGAACGAGGGGGUAACUGUACAAGGAGACAGCCAAGGGAAAGUGAACGAUAUACCGGAUGGCGUACAAAAUGAUCGAAAUCCACCCGUGCUCGGUCUCGGCCUAGAUCCCAUCAAGAUUCGGCCUAACUUCUUUCAAACUCUCUAUGCCAUGCUACGUAUAAGAGUGCUCAGACUCUUCAGAAACCUCCAACUGCUGUACUUCACCAUCAUCAUGCCCCUGGCUCUGAUAGUGCUCGGACUCUAUGUGAACAGUAUUCGGACGGUCGAUGUUAAGUUUGAGUCGCUACAACUUAAUAGCCGUACAUACAACGAAACCGAAAUCGUCUAUCUAAAUAAUACCGACCAGGACAUUACCAAGUUGAUAGACAGCAUAGCUCAAGACGCGAAGCACAUCGAAGAGUAUGAUGGCAAUUUCGCGAAUUUAAUGAAUAUCGCGCCGCACAUAGCCGCCUUCAACAUUAAUGAUUAUAAUCUACCACGACUCAAUCUGACCGUUACGUACAACGACACGAUGCAACAUUCCCUUCCGAUACUGAUAAACAUUCUUUCGAACGCUUAUUAUAGAUUGAUAUCGGGAAAAAACGAAGCUACGCCGAUCGAAGUCUAUACACAUCCCUUCCAGCAAACAUCGCAACCCCAACAGUUCAAUAUCGGCGCGGCCAGCUGUGCUACACUCCUCGGCAUGGUUUUCAUAUUAUUGCCAAUUACUUUAGCGGUGGACAUGGUUUACGAUCGCGAGAUCAAAGCGAAGAAUCAACUUCGCGUGAAUGGCCUGUCGUUCUCCAUGUAUUUUCUUAGCUACUUCAUUGUGCUACUCGGCCUGAUGACUUUCAUCUGCCUGUGCAUCCUCGGCAUCAUAUUCAUCUUCGAUGUGCCUUCGCUACGGGAAAUACCGGCCAUCAUCACCCUCGGCAUUCUCAUCAUGUUCUACUGCCCAUCGUCUAUCCUCUUCUCUACAUGUCUCAGUUACAUCUUCGACAAGUUGGACUCCGCGCAAAGCAUGUUGCCGAACAUCGCGACCUUCUUCGGGUUGCUACCGUUCAUCUUCGUCAUGAUCCUCGAUAUGCAAGGAUUCGGUGGGACAGCUUCGUUCGCGUUGCACGUGGUCUUUUGCCUAUCGAACAGCAUGUACGUACCAUAUGCGGCGGUAUACUACGUGGAUCGCGUUCAUUUGAUGUGCUCCAUCAACGCCGCCUGCCACUAUCUCGUCAUGUCUGAUUAUCUCACCACGGAGAUCAUAUUGUUGGCUUUUGGCGCGCUGCUGCAAUGCCCGGUUUGGUUCUUCGUGCUACUUCUGCUGGACAUCAACAAGAACGGCGGCAAUGUCAGCGAUAUCUUUAAACGCUAUUUCCUGCAAGGUGGCGAUUCCAAUCGUGAGGAAAUCAUGGAAAAUUCCGACAUCGGCGAACACGAGGAUGUGGAUGUGAAAAACGAGCGGCAAAAGGUUUUCAAUAUUGUUGUUUCACCAGCCCUCAGUCAAGAGCCGCCGCUAGUAUUGCUUCAGAAUCUGCGAAAGGAGUAUCGACCAAAGGAAUCGGGAUCAUCCUGCUGCUCAAAGCGCGAGGAAGAGCGGAAGGUCGCCGUGCGAAAUCUCUCGUUGGCGGUGGAACCGGGCGAGGUACUGGGCCUGCUGGGCCACAACGGCGCCGGCAAGACUACGACGAUGAAGAUCAUCAUCGCCGAAGUGACACCGACAAAGGGCAGGAUACAGAUCAGUGGCCAUAGUAUCAAUACUAAUAUAGCAGAGGCUUUCCGACAGAUGGGUUAUUGUCCUCAACACGACGCUCAAUGGAAGAAUAUCACCGUGAGAGAGCAUCUAGAAUGCUACGCCGCGAUUCGCGGGGUUCCAUGGAGCGAAAUCGAUAGAAUCGUGGAUCUAUAUUUAUCCGGUCUACAGAUUUAUGAACACGCCGACAAGCAGAGCCAAGAAUGUUCCGGCGGAACUAAAAGAAAGCUUAGCUUCGCGAUGGCAAUGGUCGGUGGACCUAAAGUUAUUCUUAUGGACGAACCGAGCACGGGCAUGGACCCCAGAUCGAAGAGAUUCCUAUGGGAUACGAUUCUCGCUAGUUUUCAAGGUGGCAGGGGAGUUAUAUUGACUACCCACUCUAUGGAGGAGGCCGAUGCACUGUGUUCAAGAGUCGGUAUAAUGGUGAAGGGUGAGCUGAGAUGCAUCGGUUCGACUCAGCAUUUAAAGAAUCUCUAUGGUGCUGGUUACACCCUAGAAAUGAAACUGCUAGGUGGUGAUUGCACACCGACGACACCCUCCGGCGACAGAAUUACCGGUUUAAAGGAAUUCGUUGCUGGCCUCUUCCCCGACGCCACUCUGGAAGAGAGCUUUGCUGACCGACUAGUCUUUGCCGUGCCCCAACACUCAGUGAACUCGCUAGCUGAGUGCUUUACACAAUUAGAGAAAGCCAAGCUCGAACUGGAUAUAGAAGAGUACAGCUUUAGUCAAACUACCCUGGAACAGGUGUUCCUCAAGUUCUCGCAUUAGGGCACUUUCCUGGAAUGACGAUGUGCCGUCGUUACGUGAUUCAGUGAUUGUCUCGCGAUCAGUGCCCGCAGAAUACUGUUCAUCUAUGAAAAAAAAAUACACGAACAUGACAGAUGUUUUUAAUUGCUUGGUUUCUGGAAUUUGCCGAUCGUUAAAUUGUGAAACAAUUUUCGUUGUUCUCGCUAACGAAUUAUGUGAUUACGCCAUUGACAAUGUGAUGAAAUAUAUAAAUUUCUUGUUACAAGGCGUCGCAGAUAACAGAACAGCAAGCAUAACAGUUAUCUAAAGAUUCUAGUGUUGUAUUACAAAGGAAUAGCAAAGAGACACAUCAUCUUGUGCCUUCAAAUCCUUGGAGGGACAAUGAAGAAACAAUUAGGUAGACUGAUGGAAAUGAGGAAUAGAGUGGAUAAUCUUUAUUUCGAAGCAUUAAGAUGACAAGCCAUUCGGGAGCUUGAUAAAACGCUAAAUGAAAAAGAGAUUGUGGUGAAAAAUAGGGAACAAUUAAAAAAUCAUCGCGUUUCAUGAUGAGACGAAGAAUUAUUUAAUUGUUCCAAAGUAUUGGAAAAGUAAUUAGGAAAUUAUAGAACAAUGAACAAAUAGGAAUGUGUUGUGUUUAAAAAAAAAAGCGAACUAAGCUAAAUUCGAGACUGAUAAAAGCAAGAAUGAAGAAAACAUUAAGUGUUGGAGCGAUGGAGAGUAGUCAAUCAAUCGUCUCACCGUUAUACGUUCGACAGCAGUAUUAAGAUGAUAGAAAACUAGGGAUGAAAAUGGCAGACAGAUAGAUAGCUAUCAAAGCCUAGAUUCAAGGGAAUGUUAAAAUAACUAGUCGCUUUGUAGCUCCAAACGGGCAGAAUGAUGAAGAGCCGAGAGAACUAUAAGGGAACACACACACUCGUUAGCUACUAGUCCUAGCAUGAAAUUUCGAAGGAGCAUUAAGACAGAAAUUGUCUUGCUUUGCCAAGGAAGAAACGUUGACGAAACGUUGAAGAUAUAGUAAGAUGGAACAUCACAGAAACGUUAAAAUUCUUUAAUUGCAAAAUUAAAGAGGAAAGAGGAACUUUAACUAUCAAGAUGGUAAAAAUUGUCUCGUUACUGGAAAAUUAGCGAUCGAGAAAUAAUGGAGUUCUAACGUGAAAAUACUUUAAGGAGCUGCGGAACAAAUCAGUUCAGGUUGAAGAAAUGGGCUGGAGAAUGAUGGAGCAUAAAGUUAAUCUUUUAAAUGGUGCUUGAAGAAGGUGUUGAGACGACAGAUCGCCUUUGAGUUAUCGGAGGAACGACGAUUGAUAGAACAGUGGAACAGUUAGGAACAAAUAGGAAUCUAAUAAUAGUGUCUUUCCUUUAGGAGAACGUCAAGGUGACAGGGUGGACGAGAGAGAGAGAGAGAGACGUUGACGGUGGUGUGUUAUUACUGCUCGUGUCAGUGGUCGAACGCAAUUGCCCUUCGCGAAAGAAGACUCUCUCUACAAAGUUUUGUGUAUUUAUUCUAUAAAUAGUAUCGCGAGGGUACAUACUAUGGAGAUAUAGUUGCGAUUUGAGAACGAGCUCCCUAUUAACGGUGGAGCAUUGCUGUUCCCAAAGCUGGGCUUUACGCUCGAUAUUUCCCACGAAGAUUUUUAUCUGACGUCUCUAUCUCUCUCAUCGGCAUUGUUUUAUCUGUAAACGUCGCGUUUGAGAGAGGUGGGUUCUCCGCUAUCGGAGUUCGACGUCCGAGGGUGAAUGUCGGGUGUGAACACAGCGAUGUGCGAGGAGUGAACAUCCUCGUGGCAUAGAGUCGAGAUUACGUACUGAUAGUUCACUUCGUAUUUGAAAACUUACCGAUAAUAGAUCUCGUACCGAUAUUGCACUGGAAUUGGAGCACACGUCCCGUUGUUUUCAGGCAGGACGGCUCGUUCGCGGUAGCUGCAAUCCGAUAGAUCGGCUCGAGAAGAUGACAACUUCUUGGUAGGCCACAUAGUUACCGAAAAAGUCUUUAUAUCGUAAUCACACACAUGCCGGUAAAUCCAAACUGUAAUUCCUGUAUUUACUAUAGUAUUAUUUUAUCUGCAAUCUUACGCGAUUGUUGACUGCAGAAAAUAGGUAAUCCAGACUUGAUGAAAAUUUAUGAACUCUUGAGGCAUAUUGAAAUUCAGCGAUUUCUCUAAAUAUUUUUUGUUUCUUCUAUUUUUUUCUUUACAUCUAGAUGUUACUCAGGGAUUUUUUUCAAUAUUUUUUCUAUUUUUUCUAAUAAGAACUAAAACGUACACGUUCAAUAUAUAAUAUUUCUAGUUAAAUAAAUCCUUGAUAAGUAUUUGUAUAUAACUCUAGAUUUUAUAGAAUAACAAUAAUUGAUUUCAGAAAAAAAUAAAAAUGAUUAUUUUUCUAUUAUUGGCAAAAUACAUAGUAUAAUACUAAGAUACUGAGAAUUUAUAAAAAUAAUAAAAAACCGAUCAAAAUUGAAUCCAUUUUCUUGAGCCUCGAUUUCAAAAGUCUGAUACGAAAUGAAUGCCGAUUUCUUCUCAUUCAUCUACUGCGUACACUCAACUAUUAUGAAGGAGCGCAGAUACAGUAUUAUAAAUACUUUCUAGAUGAAAUUGCAAUAGAUAUUUUUCGAGUUAGAAGGUUGAGAAUAGAUUUGCAAUAACAUGAGAUUUUUCAACUUGCCCACUUUUUGAGCCGAGCUAUCGAAAAGUAGAGCCGACGUGAGUCCUAUCGGGCUGUAUGCAUCGAGUUACGAGAAGUGUUCGAGAAGUAGCUUCUAUCGAGGAAUAUAAUUACCGCAAAUGCACUGAUUACUUAAAAUCUUUUGGCCAAGCUUUUUACUUGAAUCUUCGAAUUUCGAAUAUGACGCAACGUUAUGUGGAAUCGAUAUUUAAUAUUUGUACUCAUUAUAAUUCUCGGAAAAUUAAGAAAAAUGCUUCCUGGGAAAGACAUGGGAAACGAGACGAGAAACACAUCAGAGUCGUUGCGGUUUGCAUUUACGGGAAUUAAGAGAAAUAUCGCGCAAUGUCAAUUUUGUUAACUGAUGCCGCGAUACUGCGAUUGGCAGAUCGGAUGAUAUUUUAUUCUCUUUUGAUAAACGAAGAGAUUAACGUGCCUUGAGUUCAGUAUAUGUACAUACGCGUAACUUGAAGAAGCUGAGAAGCGUAAUUGUCGGCUGCAGUCAUGCUGCUUACAAGAGAGAAGUGUGAUUGUUCCUGGAGAACUACGAAGUGCCCGUAGUAUUCUCUUCUGUCUUGUUACUUUUGUUCUAGCAGUCCAAUGUGAUUGUUUUCCGGAACUCGAGAAGCGUUGUAUUAUUUCUCGAACACCUCUCGCAUUUUCUACACACGUAAUUAAGGAUUACCCCCGGGGAGGGCCGUAGUCGUAACGAGAAAACGCAAGAAUGACACGGCUUAUAGUCUCGAGCGCAACAACUAGAACGUUUUUCUUGUGUGAUAACAAUCGUACGGACACUCUUUACCGUUGAACAUCGAUUGAAUAAUACAGCGAACGAUUCCGAGAGAAAAAAAAACAGUUACAGUUGAAGAUACUGUUAAUAUUGUAGGUUUAACUCUUUGCACACGGCAAUCCUGUUUUACACGUUAUUAUACUUCUCAAUUGAAGGAAGAUCUUGUAAAAAGAAAUUUAAAAAAUAAAAUUUAGUUAACAAACAAUGUUACAUUUUUCUCUUCUGUAACUAAUUAAAUGUUCCGUGAAAAACUUUUACGUGAUGAUUAUUUAAUUUCAUUUUGUGUGUGUGUGUGUGUGUAUGUAUAUAUGUAUCUAUACAUAUACAUAUAAUAUUAUACAAUCUCGCAUAUAUUUCUUUAAUUGGUUUCGUACCAUCAUUCGAGUGUAAAGAGUUAAGUCAAAUUUUCUUUCGAGAAUAAUUUCGCAUACUUUAGUCAACAUAAGGGAGGAAGAACUGAUCAACAUUAAGCAAUAUAUACGAAAAAAUGAAAUAGGUACGAAUACGUAAUUGAAGACAUGAAUGGUAAAGGGCGUCAAUUAAAAUUCGCGAUCGAUCGUUCGAUCAGGUCGAGAAAAUAUUUUAGUCCCUUCCAUAAACAAAUUAUUUGUAAGAUGUACCCGAAUUGAUUUAUAUAUUAUUUACAAAUAUAUGUUGUACAGACUAUCCCAAGUUCACUGAUUUUGCUUUUAACGACAUUCAAUGUAUCUCUUGAAAAUUUUUGGUUUAAUUUCUCAUCAAACAAAAAUUCAAUGAACCUUCCUAAUUUUUUCAUCUUCAAUCUUAUGGCUCGUGAUAUCCUUACUUAUCAAGCAGACAAAUUUGAACUUUUCAAAAUAGUGUCACCAGUACCAAAAAAAAUCAAUUUUUAAAAAACUGAUUUUUUACAUUCUUAUAUUUACGUGUUGUUCUUAAAAAAGAGAGAAUAAGAGACGCGCAGUGAAUUUGGAACAGCUUGUAUAUAAUGUUAUUAAUAAUUGUUGUCAACAUAGAGUAACUUGGAAGGGAAACAUUCCCACAACACGUGUAUAUAACCUUUCUUGGUCCUAUAAAAAAAGAAGAAGUAA